CAUGGAGAUUGUGAAUUAUGUUAGAACGGAGCAAUUAAGAAAGCUAGAUCUGAAAAUAAUGUAUUAACAAAUGAAAGAAGUAACAAGUAUUUGGGAAUCAGUAGAAAGUAAUUUUUAAUUAGAAAACAAUUUAAAUCAAUUCUCUUCCUAUUGCUUAUCUUAGAGUAGUAAAUAUAUGCCUGCAAUUAGACGUAGAGAAAGUGGGGAUAAAACUAUUAUUUUAGAAAGCUUAAUUAUCAAAGAUAUUCCUAUAGAGAAUGAUCCUGAUUACUUAACUAUUUGUUCAGAACCAGUCAAACAGAAAAAAUUCAAACCUAAAAUGAAUUAUAGUUAGCUCUUGAAAUUACACUUUAGUACUUUGAGAAAAUGA